CGGCACGUGAUCGACUUACGACCUUCGUAAACUCGGGCUAUUGUGGUGCCCCGCAGGGGUGCCCUCAUGUCUUAGCUGCUACCUAUGGUCUUUACCGAAACCAGUCUUUCAAUAAAUUCCCGCUCAUGCACUCUCCUACUUCUAUCCGCUUUGCCCAACUCUUUAUCUUGCAACACCAACGUCUGUCUUUCUCUUCAUUCUACUACCUUGCAACACAAGACUACUAUAGACCACCAACCACACGUUUAUUCUGCACAACCGCAUCUCUAAAAAUGCCGAGCUACAUUGUUACCCUUAAGGAGAACGCUACUCCCGAGGAAGUGGCCGCAGCGAAGAAGCACGCUCAGGACCAGGGCGGCAAGAUUGGCCACGAAUACAGCCUCAUCAAGGCUUUCUCUGUCACAUUCCCUAACGAUGCCUUGACUACGCUGGAGUCCCACGAGCAUGUUAAAGCUGUCGAGCUGGACCAGGAGGUGAGGACGCAAUAGUUGUCGUGAUGAGGGGCAACUGGGUCUUAGAGCCAUCGCGUGAGCGUGACCGAGCCAGUAUAUGAUGCGGGGCUUUGAAACUAUGCUGCUACGGUACUAGGUUGUACUAGAAAGCUUGACUAGAUUUGGCUUAUGCAAGAAUCGAGAAUAAUAGAUACCUGAUCUAUCAAUCUUUCUUACCAACGUCAAUCACAUGAACUCGUCCAUUUGUAAUUAUCAUGAUUGGAUUGUCUCUAUGUGAUGUAUGAUACAUCAUGUAUCUGGUGUAAAUAACAAGUGGUAAACAAAACAAAGAUCGGCAUCGGCCGCAGACUGUAGCAGAUAAGGACCCUUAUCAAUUCCAUUCUCAGCACUGACGUCGAUGUUCCCGGGGCUUGGCUCGUGACUCCGACA